AAAAAACCAUACAUAUUUUUAUGAUUCGUUAAAAAAGAAAGAAAGAAGGUUCUGCAUGCUCUGUUCUCUUCCUGUUUCACACUUUAAUUAAUUCUUUUUUUUUUUCUUCAAUCGCUGCACCUUUUCAUACAUUCACGAGAUACCUGCCUAUUACAUGUACAGAUAGUGAAAGGGGGUGCGAUAGAAUAAAAAAUAAAUAAACUGGGUCAUGCACGGUAUACUAUGGUUUUAGAAACUGGUUUCACGUUCGAUGCGAUCCUAGAAACUGGAAUAAAUUAUAGUACAUUUUUUAACAAACGUAAAAACAUUAUUAAGAAAAUUGUUAUUCCGCUGUGAAUCAUGCUUUUUUUUUUGUGGGUGCAUAGUGCACAGGAUGCAACUGUGCAUUAAAGUGCAGUUGCAUUUAUUUUCUGAAUGAAACUUCAAUUUCAAUUUAGAAUCUUUCUUUUUUCCAGGAAGUUCUUUUUAAUUCUGAAUCUAAUUUUAGAUGAUUAUACAGAACGAUUAAUAACAGUAAAGAAUGUUCACAGAUUGUUAUAAAACGUAAGGUAAAUAGUAAAGUACUUGACUGUUGAUAUUCGUAUCUUUAUGAUUUUAUUUACACGGAAUAAUAAAUUUCACUUUCUAGAAUUAGUUCGCACGAAAAAGCUUGUUUUUUUGUUGCAAAAACAUCCUGUACGCAAGAGACAGGUGAACACCUUGUAUUGCGUUCAAAUAUAUCGUUCUCGUUACGUGCGCGCUGUUAUCUUGGAACGCGAUCGCAAUCAUUGUAAUAUCUCCAUUAUAUGGAGAUACUCGCAUCCUUUUUUUCUCUCGUUUUUAUCAAACAAUGUUAAUCCUAACCGUUGCGCGAAUAAUUCUCGAGAAAAGAUUUUUUUCAUCCGGAUAGAUACAACCGACUUCAAACUAGUAUCAAUAUUCUAAUCGUCUUCCGAUAAGAUUAAUCCUUAGUGUCUAGUAAAAAAUCAAUUUCCACGUAUACGUCGACCUAUUUCCGUCGUUUCGUGAUUUAACGAAAGAUAUCUUCGUUUUUAUUCCCUCGUUACGCGACGAAAAUGCGCGUGAGGAAAGAGAAAAGUGUCAAUGCUGAUAAAAUCAGAUUUUCACAAAAAAAGGUCUGUCUGAGAGACGUGUAAUUAUGAGAAUCAUUCGAUUGUGAGUCAGCCGGUUGUUUACCUCAUGUUCAUUACAAAUCUCGACGAGAAAGAGAGAUUAAACCGAUGACGCACCUUAUGCGUCUUAUACUGUAAUUCUUCACGACGCACCAUGUGCGUCGUCCAAAGAUAUCGAUAUUAUCAGUCAAAAAUAUCAAAAAACAUGGGAAAAGGUGCAUGAAAAUUGCAAUUGAUAUUAGUUGACAGUUAAAAUAAAUAAAUUAAUCGUUAAUAUGUUUCUUUUUUAACUAGAAAAAAGAUUCUAACGUCCUCGCUCGUCGAAACAAUGAUUUCGAGCACCCGAAACGCUUACGUAAGAUUCAAGCACAUCGAUUCUUCUUUUGUUCUACGUUCUUUCAUAUUUCCCGUAAUUUAUUGCUUCAGAAAAUCAAUGCCUACCGAUUCGUUCGACUUUCAAUGACGAUGAGCAGGGAAUACCUGAAACGUUUCAGGAAGAACCAGUGCUCGGUCAAAUCUAUUUCAAUUAUUCGUGCUAUUAUACUUUAUAUAACGAAGAAUAAUCAGCCUGUCUUUGUUCCAAGGAUCCACGGUGUUCAUCAAAGGCGCGUCUUUAAUUAGCAAAGCAAAUUUCACAAUAUUUUUGUUUAAAUAAUCAGUAGUCAUCAACAUUGAAAAAAAAAAAAACUGACGCAGAGCUAUUUUAAAAUUGAAAACAAUGUAAGAAACUGAAUAAACGAAGGUUAGAAAAUAAAUAAGCUUUAUCUUGACAAAAGUAAUUUCCAUUUCGAGGAAAGCACUUUAUCGCCAUUGGUGAAAUACGAGGGACCAGAGUGAGUCUGAUCCUCUCUAUAUCACCCCCUUGCUAUGCUAACCAUAUUACAAUAAAUUAUUAAAAUAAGUUAAGAAACAGAAAAAAAAAGAAAAUUUUCAUUUUGUAAAAUCUUAUAAGAAAUAUAGGAUAUUUCAAUCGAAAUUGAUACAUUUAGUGUCAACCUUUUAAUGGCACUGGGCCAAUGAUGACCCAGAUAUAUGAAAUGGCAUAUCCACUAAAAUUAAUUAAUCAAAACAAUCCGACGAUUACCGGAGAGUGCGAGAAGAAAUGAAUCGGUCACCAUGUUCAAUGCCGUUUGGAGAACAUUGAAUUCUGCUUGCAGGGGAAAAAGAGAGGGAGUACGUCACACCGUCGGUGGUUAUAUAGCCAGCUACGGGAACUGAUCGUUUCAGUUCUGAACACUUCGGUCAGGAUUUGUCUGCUUCACUAUUGUUUCCCGCUAAUAAUUCCUCUGAUUGUUUCUCCUACGCCACGAGUGCCUGGGGUGUCCUGAAUAGGACUUUCCACGUGGUCGAAUCAUCGAAAGGCAAAACCGGAAGCAUGCGACGACAAGUCCAAGAAUUUUGAGUUUAUACACUUUUGAAGAAAUUUUGAAGAAAAACUGGAGUCCUCAAAGCGUUUCAGUAAAUAAAAAGAAGGUAGAUCCUUCGGAUUCUGGACAAAAUGCCUCCGCAAGAGAAAUUUGACAGUCCUGUUCAUUUGGAGGAUGCACAGAAAAAUAAUGCAGAGGCUUGUCGAAAUCCGGUGGAGCCAGAGACACGCGGUUCUAUUAGGAAUGUUAAAGAGGAAGCAAUGGACAUUGACUUUGAUGAAUUAUUACCUUAUGUUGGUGAAUUUGGACUCUAUCAGAAGAUCCUGUUUAUCUUGAUGAUACCGUUCGCCUCGUUCGUCGCGUGGGUGUACUUUUCGCAGAUAUUCAUCACACUGACGCCGGAAGAGUACUGGUGCUGGGUGCCGGAACUGGAGGACCUCACUGUUGAUGAAAGAUUGUCUCUGGCAAUACCAAAUGGUGGCAAAGGAUAUUCGAAAUGCAUCAUGUACGAUGUAAAUUACACGGAGAUCCUGUUAAACGGAAGUCGUUUGCCGGAUGCAUCGUGGCCAACUAAAGCUUGUCAACACGGUUGGGAAUUCAAUUACACCGUCGUUCCUUACGCCUCUGUGGCGGCCGAGUUAGGAUGGGUAUGCGAGUACGAUGCACUGCCAACGAUGGCUCAGAGUAUCUUCUUCGUCGGCGCAAUUUUCGGAGGAUUGAUCUUCGGAUGGAUAGCCGAUCGAUACGGAAGAAUACCGGCUUUGAUCGGUGCGAAUCUUACGGGAUGUUUCGCAGGAAUUGCUACUGCGUUCACCAAUAAUUUCUGGCAAUUCACCUUGUGCCGUUUCUUCGUUGGAUUCGCCUUCGACAAUUGCUUCACCAUGAUGUACAUAUUAGUAUUGGAGUACGUUGGACCGAAAUGGCGAACGUUCGUCGCAAACAUGUCCAUAGCCAUAUUCUUCACUUUCGCCGCUUGUGUUCUACCUUGGAUCGCCUAUUAUUUGGCCGAUUGGAGAAUGACAUGUAUAGCCACGUCUGUUCCUCUGAUUUUGGCAGUGGCGGCACCGUUCUUGAUCCCGGAAAGUGCUCGAUGGUUGGUCAGUCAAGGACAAGUGGACAGGGCCAUCAAGAUCCUGCACAAAUUCGAACAGAUGAAUGGCACCAAGGUGCCUGAUGAUAUCUACAAACGAUUCCGGGAAACCUGCGAGAGGAUAUGUAAAGAGGAGGAAGCUGACAAAACGUAUUCUGUGUUGGAUUUAUUUAGGACUCCACGGCUAAGAAAAAUCACUAUUUUGUUUAUUGUCAUAUGGAUGGCGGUCUCUCUAGUGUUCGAUGGUCACGUACGAAACGUCGAUAAUUUAGGCCUGAACAUAUUCGUGACUUUUACGAUCGCCGCAGCAACCGAGCUACCUGCUGACACCUUCCUCACGGCUGUCCUUGAUCGAUGGGGUAGAAGAUGGCUCGCAUGCGGAUCUCUCGUCAUUUCCGGAAUCUUCAGCAUUUGGGCUUGCGCGGUUUCCAACAAUAUUUACACAGCCACUCUGGCUAUCCUGGGUCGAUUUUGGAUAAACAUUUCUUAUAACAUUGGCCUUCAAUAUGCGGCCGAAGUGUUGCCAACAGUCGUCAGAGCACAGGGUGUAGCCCUUAUACACAUAAUGGGAUACGUAGCAAGCAUUCUAUCACCCUUCGUCGUGUAUCUCGACGUUGUCUCAUCGGUUCUACCACUUUUGGUGUUGGGUAUCCUUGGUAUCCUGGCUGGUUUCGUCACUCUGUUCCUUCCUGAAACCCUGGACAAGGAUCUUCCUCAAACCCUCCAGGAUGGGGAGAACUUUGGGAUGGAUCAGAAGAUGUGGGACGCUCCUUGUUUCGGAAAGAAACACGAGGACGAAGAAACACCACCUGUAGCCAUCUUUAGGUCCAUUUCUAGGGACAGUAUUAGGAACUCGAUGAGAGCCUCUCUUCGUGGUGAAGCUAUGAGAAGCAGUAUGAUACGAAAGUCCAGCGUGAGAUCGAGGAAAGGUGGAGACUCGGUCACAGAGGUGGAAAAAUUUUAGGGAAUUUUCUGUAGAAAAUGUUAGUUAUAUUGAUCUCGAUCGAAGGAUCCUUAUAGUCUUCCAAAAACCGUGUGGCAUCAGCGUUGACCAAGUACCUUUUUCUAUUAGUUUAUUGUUAAAUUUUAAUUUAGUACAAUUAGUUAGGUCAGUGCUGAUGAUUUGCCACCAUGGUUCGUGUAUAUACGUAUAAUCAUGCCUAGAUCGACGCUAAAAGUCACUGAAAACCUCGAAUGUGGACGUUGAUGUCAGAUUUCAGGAAACAGUGGCAGUAUAGAAUUUUUAUUUCAAUAUCUAGCAUUCGUAGGUAAUUUGUAAUAAGAUUCGACGAAGGUCGUUGGAUUUCUUCUAAAAUUUUUCCAACACCUGUUUCCUAUCCGUAGCAUGAAUAAGGAUGAGGAUUAUCUUUUUACAUCUUAGAUCUGAUGACGUAUUUGUCGUCUUUAUUUGUACAUAUAUUAAUUCGCUCUCGUGGAUCAUUGAUAAAAUGAUUCUUAACCCUUUUUCUAAGACGAUACGUGUAUGUAUAUAGUGUUAAAUUAAUAUAUAAUAGAAUCACAUUAAUGAAACAUUGAUGAUGUACGUAUCAUUGUUAGACUUUGAAAUUAUUAUCUGUUGAUAAUUUUUUUAUCGUUGAUUUUAGCAUUUUGUGAUACAGUAUCACUUGUAUAUUAUUUAACAGUAUUUGAAAUUGAGGAAAACUGGUGCUGCCUUAAUUUUUAAUUGGUAAUGAUAGAAAUUGUAAUUCCAAAUCAUUUCUCCGAGCACAAUAUUAAUAUUAAGUAUUAUUUUCAAUACUGUUGUUGAUAGAUAGUGUUAGGAUAUUUGUAAGAAUUUUAAAUAAAUAGAUACUAAAACGA